GGACCAAUCACAGGCCAGUAUGCAGCUGCUUUGCGCAUGCGCAGUACGCUUGUACGUCUUGUUCCCAAACAGCAGCAGGAACAGAGACCCAGAGAGAGCCGGUGGAGGGACUUUAAAGUGUUUAUACCACACAUUUCUCCAAACAAGAGACAACGCGUUUGCUUUCACUUCCUCAGUGUGGACAGACUUUUGUUGAGCAAAAGCACCCUUCGCCAUGGCUGCUGCUGCUGCCGUUCCUACAUCCUCCAAAGGCAGCCUGAGGGAGGACCUGACAUGUGCCAUAUGCUGUGACCUGUUCCGGGAGCCCGUCAUGUUGGCCUGUAUGCACCAUUUCUGUAAACCCUGCAUCUCCAGGUACUGGAGAGGAACCCAGGGACCUGUAACCUGCCCGCAGUGCCGCAAGGAGUUCAGCUCCAAACAGUUUCAGACUAACUACCUUGUGACAGCCAUGGUGGAGAAGGUCCGGGCCACCACCUCGGACACUUACAUCAAGAACCUAGAGAAACAACUGAAAGAGACGUUGGAGAGCCAUCGCCUGAUGAAGGAGGACUUCAUCAAUAGUAUUCGCCGAGACAAAGACAAAAUGGAUAACAUAAAGAGAGUCGGAGCAGAUCUGCAGGCUCGUGUCCAUGGGGAAUUCAGAGCUCUCCAUCAGAUCCUGAACGACGAGGAGACCUGUGCUCUGGAGCAGCUCAGGAGAGAGCAGGACGAGGAGCUGGAGAAGGUCCAGCGCCACCUGCAGGCCAUGGAGGUGGCGGUGAGGGAGCUGGAGGACAAUAUGAGAGCGCUACAGGAGGCUAGCGCUGCCACGGAGAACAUCAUACUGACUGAGCUCCCACAGCUAAGGCCAUGUGUGCAGGUGGAUAUUGCCCUGGAGUUUGAUACGAACGCUUUCAGCAACAAAUACAUGGCCCCAUUACAGUACAUCACAUGGAGAAAGAUGUUCAAGGCUUUGAAGCCAGGUCCUUCCCCAUUAACGUUUGAUGUCGACACAGCACACCCGAGCAUUCACGUCUCCAGGGACAAAACCGCGGCAGUCGAAUGUGAUGUCAUGGUCCCGCAUGCGGACCACAACAAGCGUUUCCUCCAGUGCGUCAACAUUCUGGCUGCCCAGGGCUUCCAGUCUGGCCGACACUACUGGGAGGUAGAAGUGAGCUCCAAACCCAAGUGGGACCUGGGCGUGGCCUCCGAGGCCGUCGACAGGCACACUCGGAUCAAGCUGAGCCCCGAAAGCGGCUACUGGACGCUGCGGCUGCGCAACGGGAGCGAGUACUCGGCCGGCACGCAGCCCUGGACGAGGCUGCAUCUCGCCUCUUCCCCUCAGAGGCUCGGGGUUUUCUUAGACUGUGAUGAAAGGAGGGUGUCCUUCUACAACGCUGACGACAUGAGUCUGCUGUACUCGUUCACCAACGGGCCGAGGGGCAAGGCGUUCCCUUUCUUCAGCCCGUGCAUCAGUGGCGGCAGUCAGAAACCCCCGCCUAUCAAACUCCUCCACUACCCUCCUGUCGCCCUGUCUGGCUGACAUGGGUGCGAUCAAUAGAAGCUUCUCAGUAUGCAAGAGCUGUCCACUCACUUAUUGACCAAUGACUGUUAUCGUUCAGCUGUUCAAAGACAGCACUGCCAUUAUGAGAAUUAUGGUUUUAUAUCACAAGAGUUUAACAUUUCCGAUCGUUCUGUUAUUUUCCAGGCUUUAAAGGGGAACACCACCCACAUUUAGAAUUCCAAUAUGUUAUUCUGAUGACCUAGGAAAGUUCAAUCAAUAAGAAAAUCUCAAACUGGUGAUGUCAUAUGGUAUAAAGUCAAGAGCUGCUCCACAGACAAUAAAUGGGAGACUGAUUUUGCUUUACAGAAGGUUAAUUUUCUUUUUUAUACCCAAGCUUUAUUCCAUUGUGGAGUUCUCAGUUGUGACCAGAGUGCUCUCAGUAUCAUCCGUAACAACUCUCCUAUUCAUUGUCUAUGGAACAGUUCCACACUUAAUACCCCAUGAUGUCACAGAUAUGAGUUUUAUUAGUUUUAUUAGAGUCGUUCAUGGUUACUAAUAUUUUUUGGGACCGUUUUAGACCAAAGAAAUAACGUAUGAAUUUUGAAAAUGGCUGUUGUUCCCCUUUAAUGAUCGGAUAUCGCCAGAUGCAUCUAUUUACUAAGCCUUGAAAUGUUAUGAAAAUUGCCAUACUCACCGUAUAAUAUAAUUCCACUGUGCUCUAAUCGUUCUGAAGAGGCUCGUUUGAUUUGCAUUAGCAGUCAGCAGGGACAUUAAAAAACACUAUUCAACCAUUUUGGAUUGAAUAAUUGUGAUGAUUAGAUGCACCAAAUUACAUUUUAGGACAAUACUUGAUCUUCACUGUUCAACCAAAUAUCUUAAAUAGAUGAAGACAGUUGACCUUUAAAUGAUAAUGUGAAUAAUUAUCUCUCAUUAAGUCAGACUUUCCUUAGGCUCGUUGAUGGUUGAAAGGGUAUUUAAUCAUCAUUAAGUUCAAUCAGCAUGAAAGAAUUGUGCACUUUACCGUGAGAUUUUCUCUUUGAUUAAAUGGUUCUUCAUGUUUUAUACAUUAGUCUGAGAUGACAAUGUUUGGCUUUUUAUUUGUUUUCUGAUUUAGAUGUAACUCAACAGCAUCUUUUCUUUCUUUAGAUGACUUUUAGCAACUACUCUUGAUUUUGUCAUUAUUUGUACAUUCAUUUAUAUACAUUAUAUGUGCCUGAAUUUGAACAUGUGAUAUAAUGCACACUUAAUUUUGUAUUGCUCUAGGAAAUCACUUAACUGUAGUUCUUUGCAGGAUUCAGUCUAUAUAAUUACGUUGUUGUGAUUGCAUGUCCGAUCAUUUCCUGUUAAAGACCCACACAAUUACUGUAAAACCUGCUGAUGCAAAUAAAAAAAAACGAAAUCACUUUUUCUUUCUUAAACAA